GUCAAACGUUUGAUGAAAGAGGCUGCAGAACUGAAGGAUCCUACAGAUCAUUAUCAUGCACAGCCUUUGGAGGAUAAUCUUUUUGAAUGGCAUUUUACUGUUAGAGGCCCUCCAGAUUCAGAUUUCGACGGAGGGAUUUAUCACGGGCGAAUAGUACUGCCACCUGAAUAUCCCAUGAAACCACCCAGCAUUAUUUUGUUGACGGCCAAUGGCAGGUUUGAAGUGGGGAAGAAAAUUUGUUUAAGCAUCUCAGGGCAUCAUCCUGAAACAUGGCAGCCUUCAUGGAGUAUAAGAACAGCUUUACUAGCCAUUAUUGGAUUUAUGCCAACCAAAGGUGAAGGAGCAAUAGGAUCUCUAGAUUAUACACCAGAAGAAAGAAGAGCUCUUGCAAAGAAGUCACAAGACUUCUGUUGUGAAAUGUGUGGCACAUCUAUGAAGACAGCCCUCUUACCACUAACAUCUGGAAGCGUGUCAAGCCAGGCGGACAAGGAGGCUAAAGAACUUGCCAGACAAAUUAGCUUCAAGGCAGAAGUCCAUUCAUCCAGGAAGUCUGAUGUUGGACCCUCAAACACGUCAGGAUUGAACCACUCUGCUGCUUCACGUGAGCCCCAGCAGGAUGGUGCAGCUAGAGCAUUCCAGGAUCCAACAAGUGCAAUGUCUGAAACUCAGAAUAGCGGUGCAGCAGCCAGUCAAGAGCAUACUCCGCCUGUGUCCACUAACACGUCUAUGAGUCCUCGGCAGCGCCGUGCCCAGCAGCAGAGUCAGAGGCGGGCUCCGUCUUCGACUGACUUUAAUCGGGUACAGCAGCCAAGAGUCAACAUGAACCACACUGGAUCAACUGUUCUGAUUGUCCUUCUGACUUUUGCAUUGGCAGCUCUCAUAUUUCGUAGAAUAUGUUUGGCUAAUGAGUAUAUAUUUGAGUUAUAAGGUUGUUUCUGUUGUAACAGCAGUGACUUGAAUGUUUCAUUGAACAUUCUGUAUUGGGUAUGACAUGAGAACUGUUUACAAAGGUUACUUUUUGUACUUGCGCUUAAGUCCUUAUGAAUGUUAAUGUACCUACAGAUACAUUACUUGUAAGAAAAGCAAAGUUGGACAUUUAACUACCAAAAGUGUUAAUUGAGUGCCCACUAGAUACUUGGAGAAACACUGCAGUGGAAUAGUAACGUUAAGGCAUGUGGGAGGGGAGUCAAUCUGAGUAAUUUAUCAACUAGAAAAAGACAAUUUAAAAAAAGUGGUUGAUUCACUUUUUUGUGGAACAUAAAUGCAAUUAAUAACCCCAUCUAAGUUAGUAUAAGAUUUGACAUUGGAGAAGGAAUUCUAAAAUGAAACACUGCUAUGUGUUUGUGUCCAGUGAACUCUUAAUUUAGAGAGGAUACAGUUUUGUAACCACUUCUGUUUACCACCACACAUUUCUAGAGGGGGAGCACAUACAAAUUGGUUGUGAUGCUGCUUUGUGCGUGUGAAAGGGAGAAGGGAGUAGGGGAGGAAAGAAGGGGCCAGAAAACUACUUGCAUUAUUUUGAUUUUUAUUUUUUGGAAGAAAGAUUGGAUAAUCUUUUGCAAGAUUUGAAUGUCCUCUUCUAAUACUCUCAAUUGUAUAUCUUGGUUUUUUUAAAUUUGAAGAUUAUAUAAAACAUGUCUAUUCUUGCAAUAGUUAUAAAUAUGUAAUAUAAUUAUUUACCCAGAGCUAUUGUCUUUUAAUUAUACCAGAAAUAUACAUGUGUUGAACUGAAUGUUUCAUAUGUGGUUUUAUUUACUAAAGAAAAUUUAAACCUUAUUAGACUUAAGCAUGUUCAUAUAUAUGAGAGUUUAAGAGAAAUAUUUAUUAAAACCUUGAAAAUAAUAAAGAGUUUCAAGCCAGUCUUCGCUUACAGUUCAAGUAUGACGUGGCCUUUUGGGGUUUUUUUGUUUCCUUUUUUAAAACCUAAAAUCAAUAUUGGACCCAGAGGCUUUCUGCAUUAUGAGUUUAUUAAAAAAAUAAACAACUGGCAAUGUUCACGAAUGCUGUGAAAUCACAUAUACAGGCAAUAGACCUACAAUUGCUAGGGUUUUGAGAGGUUUUGUCUGUGAAUGUUUAAGUAUUGCAGUGAAGGUAGAAGAAAGCAAUCAGUGGGAUAAUUUUCCUCCUGUAUUAUUGAUCAGAUUUAAAUGUAUUCUAGCAUGUUUAUUUCAAAGACAAUGAAAUUUAGGUAACUUCCAUUUUGUUGCUGUUGAACAUGAUAGCACUGACUUAACUGAGAUUCUUAUCCUGUUUCUCAGCAAGUAUUUAUCAAGCUACCUACAGCUUUCCUAAAUUUUGUUAAAUAUAGUAUGUAUUAGUGUUCUGAAACAUUAAAGAAGCUAUAAAAACUUCUAAAAUAAGGAAAGCCCGAUGUGUGUCUAAGGGGGAUGUGGAAAUUCAAAAAAACAAAACAACACCCCCACCCCCCCAAACAAACCCAAAAUCUGAGUUCUUUUUUAGCACUUCUUAUGCAUUGUUGAUAAUCUUGUUUGCAGGGACAAUGGAACAAAGAUCAAAAAAUAGUUUUCUUAAGAAGUUCAGACAAACGUAGUUUUUUCAGCCAGUUCAGCAGUUACUUACACAUUCUGCUGCAGAACAAUUUGAUGUUGAUAUAUUAAUUGAUGUGUUUUUCUAUCUAAUUUGUAUAUUUAUUUCAUUAGAAAUUAGGAAAAAAACUCAAAACCACAAAAGCCAAAAAACCCCUCUACAGAUCCUGUGUUUCCUAGCUGGUAUGUUGCUUGAAUACCUGUUCUAUUCAAGUAUCGCAAACCUGGGCUCACAGAAGAGUUCUGGAAGAGAGGUCUGGCCCAAAAGGCAGUUUCGCUGGGUUUUGACCCGCUUGCUCCUCUGGAAGCUUUGCUCUGAAUGUGCUUUGCUUUUCCUAGAGACUCGCUGCUGGGCCGAGCAAACUUUUGCUCUCGUACCUGUACCACACACUGGUUAUGAGUAAAGCAGCUAAGUCUUCUGCAAAGAGGCAGUCUACAUUGCCCUUUGAGUGGGCUAUGAGAAAAUAAGCUUCAAAUGGUUUCUGGAAACAGCCUCUUCCUUGUGAUUAAAGAAAUAGCUGCUCUGUAGCUUUUUAUUUCAAGCUUUUUUUUAAAUAAAAGUUAAAAUGCCUGAUUGUGCAAAUACCUAUUUGAAAAAAUAAAUACUAAUGGUGACU